UGACAUUCUCCCUCAUACCCGCCGACGGAGAGAGAGAGCGAGUUCGCCAGACUGCACGCUGAUGAAGACAUUACAGAUUGGGAAAUGAAAGUGCUGUCGUUCUUUACUCUCAUAGCGUUGCUAUGGCAAUGCAGCCGAGCGCAGCAAAGAGGGUUGUUCCCGGCUGUGCUGAACCUGGCGUCCAUGGCGAACAUCUCGGCCAACGCCACGUGUGGAGAGACAGGGCCUGAGAUGUUCUGUAAGCUGGUGGAGCAUGUCCCUGGGCAGAGAGACGGGAACCCGCAGUGCCGUGUCUGCAACCUGAAGAGUGACAGGGAGUUUGAGCGUCAUCCUAUCCAAUUUGCUAUAGAUGGUACUAAUCGCUGGUGGCAGAGUCCCACCAUUAAGACAGGGAUGGACUACCACUAUGUCACCAUCACUCUGGACUUACAUCAGGUGUUCCAGAUAGCCUAUGUGAUCCUCAAGGCAGCCAACUCACCCCGUCCUGGUAACUGGGUUCUGGAACGUUCUGUAGACGGCGUGGAGUUCAAGCCCUGGCAGUACUAUGCCAUCACUAACACUGAAUGUCUGACACGCUUCAACAUCCUACCGCGCUCCGGGCCACCCUCAUACACUCGGGACGACGAGGUCAUCUGCACCUCCUUCUACUCCAAGAUCCACCCCCUGGAGAACGGAGAGAUUGUUACCUCUCUGAUCAACAAUCGUCCCAGUGAAAAGGACCCCUCUCCCACCCUCCUCAACUUCACCUCUGCCCGCUACAUUCGUCUACAGCUGCAGCGAAUCAGAACGCUCAAUGCCGAACUGAUGACCCCCGGCCUCAACGAUCCCCGUGAGCUUGACCCCAUCGUGAACCGCCGGUACUACUACUCCAUCAAGGACAUCUCAGUGGGAGGGAUGUGUAUCUGCUAUGGUCACGCUAAGGCCUGCCCCCUCAACAACCACACCAAGAAGUUCAGCUGUCAAUGUGAAGACAACACCUGUGGGGAGAGUUGUGACCGCUGUUGCCCUGGUUACAACCAAAAGUCCUGGAUGGCCGGAACUUUCAAGACACGACACGUCUGUGAGAAAUGUAACUGCCAUGGGAAGUCCGAGCAGUGUUAUUAUAACCAGACGGUAGCAGACGCCAAGAUGAGUCUGAACAUGGCUGGUGAGCGCCAGGGGGGCGGAGUCUGCAUGGACUGUACCAUGAACACGGCGGGGGUGAACUGUCAGACCUGCCGACCAGGCUUUUACAGGCCCCAUGGGGUGAGUCCAGAGGAUGAUGACCCCUGCCAACCAUGCUCAUGUGACCCUUUCGGCUCUCUCGACCAAUCAUGUGUUGCCGACCAGACUCAAGCCCAAGGAGAGAUGACAGCUGGGUCAUGCCACUGUAAACAAGGUUUCUGGGGUCAGAGGUGUGACAGGUGUGCUUUCGGCUUUGCGGGUUAUCCCAGCUGUGAGCCUUGUACCUGCAGCCUGGCAGGCAGCCUCAACCAGGACCCCUGUCAGUCACCCUGCCUCUGCAAGGAGAAUGUUGAAGGUGAGAACUGCGACCGGUGCAAGCUGGGAUUCUAUGAUCUCCAGAGAGACCGUAUCCAUGGUUGCGAGAAGUGUUACUGUUCCGGUGUGGCAAGCCAAUGUUCCGCCUCCCACUGGUCCUAUAGGAAUGAGACGUCACUGGCGGGGUGGUCCCUGUCCAGUGAAGGCGGGGCUAGGAGGGUGUGGCCUAUAUCCAGCCUAGACACGCCCCUCCAGCUCAGUAUCAGCCACUCAGAGGCCAGGACUCACCUGGGGGAAGUAUACUACUGGAGUGCUCCUGCACACUACCUAGGAAACAAGCUGGGGUGGUAUGGAGGUGUCUUGGUGUACAGUGUGUCCUACGACACCAAGUCGGACAGACAAGAGAAGGUCAGAGUUACGUCCCAGCCUGAUGUCAUCCUAGAGGGCAGUGGCAUCAGGAUGAUUGACAGGAGCUUUGGAAAACCGGUGUACCCUGCCUCCCAGGUCUCCAAGGAGAUUGUCCUCCUACAUGAUAACUUCCUGUUUGAGAAAACCGGACUUCCUGUCAGUAGGCGGGACUUCAUGUUGGCACUGACCAAUGUGAGCAGCCUGCUUCUCAGAGCCACAUACAGCAAUGAGCUGGCCGCCAUCUACAGGCUUCAUGGGGUGAGUGUGGAAGAGGCUUUUCCUGGUGGGGAGCAGGUGACAGGAAGUGGCCCCAGACAGGUGACAGGAAAGAGGGCCUCGGCCGUGGAGAUGUGCUCCUGUCCCCCUGGUUACCAAGGAACGUCCUGUGAGAGAUGUUCAGCAGGCCAUCGGAGGGUAAACGGGACCAUGUUCAAAGGCAUAUGCGAAGCAUGCAACUGCCAUGGCCACGCCUCAUACUGUGACGAGGUCAGAGGGGAGUGUCAGGACUGCUCUGGGCACACCACCGGCUUCCACUGUGACACCUGUGCCCCCGGUUUCUAUGGGGACGCCACCAGGGGAACAGUCAAUGACUGCCAGCCGUGCGCCUGCCCCCUGAACAUGCCGUCCAAUAACUUCAGCCCCACCUGCCACCAAGACCCCCGGGGGGAGCUCCUCUGUGAUCGCUGUCCUCCUGGAUACACCGGGGCACGCUGUGAAAGGUGUGCUAAUGGAUACUAUGGGCAGCCAGCUGUGCCAGGCGGCUCAUGCCAGCCGUGCCACUGUCAUGACAACCUAGACCUGGCCCUCCCACGCAGCUGUGACCCAAUCACAGGAGCCUGCCUGCGCUGCCGCCUUGGAUAUGGGGGUGUGACCUGCGACACUUGUGCCGAUGGUUUCUAUGGCGAUGCAGUCAACGCCAAGAACUGCCAACCGUGCCAGUGCCACAGUAACGGCUCGCUAACAGAAGUGUGCCAUCAGCAGACCGGCCAGUGCCAGUGUAGAGAGCACGUGGUUGGGCGCCAGUGUGAUGAGUGUAUGCCUAACUGCUGGUGGGAUCCGGAGCAGCAGGUUUGUAGACCAUGUGACUGCAGUGUCACGGGCGCCAUGUCUCAGCGCUGUGACCUGGAAGGCCGCUGCAUCUGCAGGCCUGGCUUCGUAGGGCGCCGCUGCAACCUGGGUCGCCAAGGUUACGAGAGGCGGGAGACCCGUCGGCCAAUAGAGAGGGUCCCCAUCCAGCAGGUGCAGAGAUGGGGCUCGUCCCGCACAGGGGGCUGUCCCAGAGGAGCCUACCGCCCAGCGACCCAGACCCAUGGCCUCCAGGCUUCCGGCAGCUGCAUACCUUGUCACUGUAACUCCUUUGGCUCCAAGUCCUUCGACUGUGAUGAGGGGGGCCAGUGUCGCUGUCAGCCUGGCGUGGGGGGGCCCAAGUGUGACCGCUGUUCCCCUGGCCACUUUAACUUCCAGGAGGGAGGGUGCACACCCUGCCAGUGCACCCAUGUAGGGAACAACUGUGAUGCCAACACAGGCCAGUGCAUCUGCCCCCCCAACACCAUAGGAGAGAGGUGUGACAAGUGUGCCCCCAACCACUGGGGACAUGACAUCAUGGAUGGCUGCAAGACAUGUGGCUGUAACGUGGUGGGCUCUGAGACCCAGCAGUGCAACCCCAACACAGGCUGCUGCAUCUGCAGGGACAACUUCUACGGAGAGAAGUGCAACGAGUGCAAGCUGGGCCACCGGGACUUCCCACAGUGCAUUGCGUGCACUUGCGAGGUGGCUGGCUCUGACGACCAGACAUGUGACGCUGACCGGGGGGUGUGUGCCUGCGCCGACCGCUCGGGGCAGUGCAGCUGCAAGCCCAACGUUGAGGGGCUGAGGUGUGACACCUGCAAGAAGGGGACGUUUGGUUUGAGUUCCAGGAACCCCCUGGGGUGCAGCCAGUGCUACUGCUACGGCCUGUCCAGAACCUGCACUGAGGCCCAGGGCCUCAUACGCAUGUGGCUGACUCUGAGGCCGGAGCAGACGGAGCUCCCCCUGGUGGACAAGACCAACCAGGCGGAGACACGCCGCGGGGUCACCUUCCAGCACCCGGAGAUUCUGGCCCACGCUGACCUGGUCACAAAGGACCUAGCGGAACCCUACUACUGGAGACUUCCCAAGCAGUUCCAGGGCUCCAUGAUCACAGUUUACGGAGGGAAGCUGAAGUAUGCCAUCUACUAUGAGGCUCGCGAUGAGACAGGCCCUGCCUCCUACGCCCCCCAGGUGAUCAUAAGGGGAGGGGCUAGCAGGGACAAGGUGAUGACACGUCACGUUCCAGGCCUCCAGAUUGGUCAACUCACCCGCCAUGAGAUUGACAUGACUGAGCAUGAAUGGAAGCAUGAGAACCAGAAGGCGAUGACGCGGGAGGACUUCAUGGACGUUCUCUUCUUCGUGGACUACGUGCUGAUCAAGGCCUCCCACGGGAGCGCCAUGAGACACAGCAGGAUCUCUGAGAUUUCCCUGGAGGUGGCGGAAGAGGGCAGACUGUCGGUGGAGAGUGAGAGAGCGUUCCAGAUAGAGAAGUGUGACUGUCCCCGGGGCUACUCUGGACUCUCCUGUGAGGAGUGUGGAUCAGGGUUCUACCGUCUGUCUGUGCGUCCAGGCGGCCCGGCCUCCAGGGCAGGGAUAGGGAGCUGCGUGCAGUGCCAGUGCAACCAGCACAGUGACUCCUGUGACCCUGAGACCUCUGUGUGCCAGAACUGCCAACACAACACUGAGGGGGACAGAUGUGAACGCUGCUCUGCUGGUUACUAUGGCAUCGUCCGUGGUCGUCAUGACGACUGCAAACCCUGUGCCUGCCCCCUCACCAACCCUGAGAACAAUUUCAGCCCUACCUGUGUGGCCAAGGGCUUCUCUGACUACCAGUGUACAUCCUGCCCAGAGGGCUAUGCAGGCCAAUACUGUGAGAGGUGCUCCACAGGUUACCACGGCGACCCGCGUGCCCCUGGUGGCAAGUGCGAGGAGUGUAAGUGUGACCCCUGGGGGGCGUGGCCACAGCCGUGCGACCCAAUCAGUGGCCAGUGUCGCUGUCGUCCCGGCAUCAGGGGGCGGAGCUGCGAGAUCUGCAUGGAGAAGCAUGUGUGUGGGCCUGCCGGCAUCGUGUCCUGUGAUGACGACUGCAGCGGGGUGCUGAUCAGCGAUAUGGACAGACUCCUGCGCAUCAUGGACAAUGUCAACCUGACCACGCCCCUUCCACCUCCGUACAAGGUGCUCUACCGCUUUGAGAACAUGACUGAAGAACUGAAGCACAUGCUGUCCCCCCAGAGGGCUCCAGAGAGGCUGCUGCUCCUGGCCGACAGUAACCUGGGCAGCCUGGUGACCGAGAUGGAUGAGCUGCUGAGCAGGGUGGCUCUGCAGGACAAGGCACGGGACCUGAACGAGACUCUGAGCAGGCGUGGCACACCAGAGAAGAGUCUGACCCAGAUGAACCAGGAGAUCCAGACCAUGCUAGCCGAGCUCAGAGCACGCCAGCUGGGAGGCAAGAAGAAUCUCGCUGAAGAGGAGCUGGGGCUAGCAGAGUCUCUGUAUCAGAGGGUGAAGCGUGUGUUUGGCGAACCCCACCAGGCUACUGAGGACCUGAAGGAGGAGGUGACGGGGAAGCUUGGGGACCACCAGGCCCAGCUGGAGGAGGCCCAGGCCCUGAUCACUGAGGCCCAGGGAAAGAGCAGGCUGGCUGGGGCAUUGGCCAAGCAGAACCAGGCCAACCUCACCACCCUGGAGAGGAAGACGGAUGCUGUGAGCUUUGUGAAGAAAGGAACUGAGGAGGUUCUAGCAGAUGGAGAACGUGUCUUAGCUGACGCCAACCUGCUGUCCGACAACAUCAACAAGGAGAUCGAGGACCUGGAGCAGAUGGAGGGAGAGUUGGGGCCUCUGCACGACCAGCUAGACUACCGGGUCAGUCACCUCAGCAAGGCCCUGGACGACAACUCCUCAACUCUCUACUGCAGCGGGGCUGAACACCACGCUGGCCAGCUCAAUGAGUCUUCAGCCAUCCUGGACAGUAUCCUGGCUGAGGCAAAGAAUCUGUCGUUCAACGCUACGGCGGCCUUCAAGGCCUACAGCAACAUCAAGGGAUCUAUAGACGAGGCGGAGAGGGAGGCCAAGCUGGCACGGGCCCCGCCCCUCCCUGCUGUUGUGCAGGCCUCCGGACCUAAAGGUUCUCUGAAGGAGAACGCCAAGAACUCAGUUCAGAACAGCAACACACUGUGGAAACAAGCCAAGGAACUGGAGAACGAUGUAAAAGAGAAUGUUGACAGUGUGGGUAGCAUGCAGGCAAGAUUGAAGGCUGCAGGCCAGAAGAACAAAGACCUUGUGAAGGCUCUUAACCAGACCAUGGACAAACUCAACGCCUUACCUUCCGACACGGCCGCUAAGCUCCAGGCCACCAAGGUGAAGGCGGGGGAGGCCAACGACACGGCCAUCGAUGUCCUGGAGCGUCUGAAGGACCUGAACCUGGGGCUUCUGGGGCUGCAGAGGAACUACAGUCAGCUGCAGGACCACGUCAACACAGCCAACAACAUGAUCCAGGACCCGGAGAAGAACAUCCAUGCUGCAGGGGCAAAGGUCAAGGACCUUGAGGAUGAAGCUGAUAGGCUGCUGGAGAAGUUAAAGCCAAUCAGAGAGCUGCAGGACAACCUGAAGAAGAACAUUUCUCAGAUCAAGGAGCUGAUCAACCAGGCCAGGAAACAAGCCAACUCCAUCAAGGUGUCUGUGUCAUCGGGUGGAGACUGUAUCCGUGCCUACCGGCCUGACAUCAAGAAGGGCCGCUACAACACCAUCAUCCUCAACGUCAAGACCACCACUCCUGAUAACCUGCUCUUCUAUCUGGGCAGUGCUCAAUAUGUUGACUUCCUGGCUGUAGAGAUGAGGAAGGGGAAGGUGAACUUCCUGUGGGAUGUGGGGUCAGGAGUCGGGAGGGUUGAGUAUCCUGACCUCACUAUUAACGAUGGCAACUGGCACCGCAUAGAAGCCUCCCGGAACGGGCUGAAUGGCACCAUCAAGGUGCAGGCCCUGGAGGGCACCAGAGCGGGCAUCCUGCCCACCCCCCGCAGCGCCAACGCUCCGGAGAAGUUCACCAUCCUGGACGUGGAUCAGAAGGCCUACCUGUUUGUAGGAGGACUCCUGGGCUCUGUCAAGAAAGCAGAUGCGGUGAAGACCACUACCUUCUCAGGCUGUAUGGGGGAGACGUACCUGGACAACAAGCCCAUCGGCCUCUGGAACUACAGAGAGAGAGAAGGGGACUGCAAGGGCUGUGUGGUCAGCCCCCAGUCCACAGACACAGAGGGUAUGGUCCAGUUUGAUGGGGAGGGCUACGCUGCAGUCAGCCGCCCCACCAGGUGGAACCCUAACAUCUCCACGGUGAUGUUCAAGUUCCGCACUUUCUCCUCCAACUCCCUGCUGAUGUAUCUCGCUACCAAGGACAUGAAGGACUUCAUGAGUGCAGAGCUGGUGGAUGGGAGGUUGAAGGUCAGUUAUGAUCUGGGUUCUGGUACUGGCUCUGCCAGCAGCUCUAAGAAACACAACGAUGGACGCUGGAAGUCCCUCACCAUGGCCCGCAACAAGAAACAAGCCGUGGUGACGGUGGUGGACAUGGACUCCAAUGAGGAGGAGAAGCUGCUGGUGACGUCACUGGGCUCUGCUACCGGACUCAACCUCCGAGACACAGAGAGGAUCUACUUUGGAGGCCUACCCACCAUCGGCAACUACAGUCUCAAGUCAAGGUCGGAGGUGACUCAGCAGAAGUAUGCAGGCUGCAUGAGAGACAUUGAGGUGUCCAGAACUCCCUACUAUCUCCUCAGCAGCUCCGACUACACUGGACUGACCAAAGGCUGCUCUGCUGAGAACCUCCACACAGUCAGUUUCUCCAAGCCGGGCUUUAUCGAGCUUUCAGGUCUGUCCUUCGCUGUCGCCACGGAGAUCAGUCUGUCGUUCAGCACCAAGUCAGAGCAUGGCAUCAUCUUCCUUGGCACCGGGGGCACCGGCCGGUCCCACACACAGGAGCCUGUGCUGGCUCAGCUGCCGAAGAGGCGACGCAGACAGUCUGGCGAGCCCUUCCUGGCAGUGCAGCUCAGUAAGGGCUCUCUGGAGGUGCUGGUGUUCUCUGGGAGCCACAGCCUGCGCAGGGUGGUCCGCAAGCCCGACCAGGGGAUCCUCCACGAUGGACGAGAACACUCACUACGCAUCCUGAGACAGCCAGGAAGGUCGUUUGCGUUGCAGGUGGAUGAGGAAGAGAAGAAGGAGGCGGGUCUUCCCAACGACCAGCCAAUGACCAUCAAGCGUGUGUUCAUUGGAGGAAUCCCAACGGAGGUGGAGCAGAGUUCUCAGAGACCGAACGUUCCAUUCCAGGGCUGCAUCUGGAACCUCAUGGUCAACACAAUCCUAGCAGACUUCUCCCAGCCAGUGGCAUUCGAGAACGCGGAGAUUGGCCAGUGCCCAAACCUGGCCCCGCCCCCACCACCUUUGCCCCUCCCAGAGGAGGAGGAGACUGAGAAGGAAGAGGAGGAGCCUAAAAAAGAGGAAGUUGUCAAACCUGUACCAGCCCCCUCCACCCCAGCCCCCGUGACCCCCACCGCCUCGUCCACUGACCCGCCCCCUGUCACACCCGCUGCCCCCCCUCUGCUUACCAGCCCCUCCCUGGAGACACGCCCAGACAAUCUGGUGGGGUGCGUGGCAGAGGCAGAGCCGGGGAUUGUGGGUAAGGCCAAACAGUUUGGUCUCAGCAGGAGCAGUCACGUGGCGUUCUCCUUCGACGACACCAAGGUGAAGACCCGACUCAUCCUGGAGUUUGAGCUCAGGACCAGGGCGGAGUCUGGCCUGGUGUUCUACAUGGCCAGACACAACCACGCUGACUUUGCUACGGUCCAGAUUAAAGAAGGGAUGGCUCACCUGGGCUUUGACCUGGGCCAUGGAAACACAUCCACAACGGUGCCUCGCGCCAUCAACGACGGAAACUGGCAUAAGAUCCGUGUGAUGCGUGAGAGACAGAGAGGGAUCUUGUCUGUAGACCAGCGUUUCAACAAGCAGACCACGAGUCCUAAGAAGGCUGACAUCUUGGAUGUGGUGGGCAUGCUCUACAUCGGAGGUCUGCCCGGCAACUACACCACCAAGAGGAUAGGGCCGGUCCUCCACAGCAUCGAUGGCUGCAUUAGGAACUUCCGUCUGAUGGAGGAUGUGUUGGACCUGGACAUGCCCACCUCCAGUCACAUGGUGGGAACCUGCUAUGAGAACACAGAAACAGGGACAUACUUUACUGGGACUGGCUACCUGAAAGCAGUGGGGUCAUUCAGGGUAGGUCUGGAUGUGACCUUUGACCUUGACUUCAGGACCAGUAAAAGCAGUGGGGUUCUGCUGGGGGUCAGCAGUCAAACCACAGAUGGACUGGGAAUAGAGCUGCUGGAUGGAAAGCUGCUAUUCCAUGUUGACAAUGGAGCUGGACGAAUCACAACAGAGUACCAGCCGGACGUGGAGGCGGGGCUUUGUGACGGCCAAUGGCAUUCUGUCUCCGCGCAGAAGCUGCGUCACCGUCUGGAGCUGGUAGUGGACGGCAAGAAGUCCCAAGCUGAGAGCCCCAACACGCGCUCUAACACCGCAGACACCAAUGACCCCAUCUACGUAGGGGGAUUCCCCGAGGGAGUGAAGCAGGUUGGCUUGAGUGGUAGUUCCUCGUUCGGAGGGUGUAUGAGGAACCUGAGGAUCACCAAGGCCUCUAAGACCACGGAGGUCCACUUCAACAAGGCCCUGGAGGUGAAGGGGGUCCAGCCGCUCUCCUGCCCCGCCAGCCCCCCAGCCGCAUGAACACCCCCUUUCUGCUGCUAAAUACAACCUGUUCUUUCACCUGACCCUACCCCACCUAGCCUUCCCCCGCCCCCAUCCACCCCCUACGCCUCUCGUGCCUUAGUGACACCACCUAGUGUCUGUCUCGGGGAGGGAGGCCCCCUUACCAGUGUGAUGUCAUCAUGUCAAUGUA